CCUCGAGUAGAACCAAACAAUAUGCGAUCUAGCUUUGCCACUAGGUUGCUAUGCCUCAUUCUGGGCGUAUCACUCCCGCUCGUGGUGAAGGCAACGCCUGCAUGGAACGAAGUGAACGGCUUCGAUGUCUUCGGAAACCGCUGUGAACUACCGACGUACAACCAGUAUCCAUGCUCCAACAUUUGCGCCCGUGACAUCUCUCAAUGUCCAGAAAGUGUCCGUCCGAGCUGUCCAGAGGGUCAGACCUACUGUGUCGACGGCGAGUGCCGAGACAACUGCCCUUCCGAUCUGAAAUCUGCCUGUUCUUGUACCUUUGAAGAUUCAUUUGUUGGUGACGUCUACCCAUGCGCCACGGGCCAACGAGUGAACAUCGAACACUUCUUGGCUACCAACUUGACUGCCCAAACUGCCGAGGCCUGUGCUUUGGACCUCGGUAUUGAAGUCGACUCGGUUGUUCAAUGGACAAACAACCCUGCCUCAUUGAUGUGGAACACUUGCCCUUCUCCUUCGGGCGAAUUGACCUUCCAUGAACCUGCCUUUAUCGCCUUGUACGUCUUUUAUGGCUCGUGCGCUGCCAUGCUUAUUGGCUGGACUUUGUAUAAGCAAGCAUUGGAAAAGUACAACAUGUCCAAGUUCAACCAGUAUGCUCGUCAACGACAGAGUGAGCAUGUUGAAGUAGUGGGUGAGAAAAAGGACAGUGACAGUGAGAAGAAGCCCGACGUUGCUGGCAAAUCGGGUGACAACGCAUCGAUCAACAUGUCUUCGUCUCUGGAGCCUGAGGAGCAGAUGGUCAUCAAGGCAUACAAGCGAGACUUCCUAGGCAUGUUCUGCUUCCUCCUGUAUAUCCUUCAAACCCUGGGAAUGGUUGCCUACAUGAUCAUGCUUACCUGGGAUUACUACAACGAAUAUAUUCUCUUUGGCGGCAACCAGCUGGUACAGUCUAGUACAUUUAUCGGCAUGUGGUAUAUCUUCUUCGGCUGGUUUGGCUGUUUGUCCGUUUUCAAGAAUCGUCUGAUGAACUUCUUCCGCAUCAAGUGCGCCUAUGCUGAAGCGAAAUGUUACACACUAUAUAUUUUAUUUUCCAUAGCCACUAUUUUCUUGCAGGACCGCAGUGAUAAGAUUACUGAUUCCGUUCGAUGGUUGGAACAACAUGCUCGUCGCAUUUUUGGUCUUGAUGUCGUCAUUACCACUUCUGCCAUGCGUUCCACUCGCUCCGGUGCUCGCUUCUUUGUGUACCAGUGCACUCGCUAUGUCUAUCACCCCGAGACUCAAAUUUUCACCCCGCACGAAUUUGUUUUGGGUGAGACCAAUGCUGAUAUGGCCGAGUUAAAGAAGGGUUUGUCCGCUGACGAAGCUGUUAAGCGUGAAGAACUUGUUGGUCCCAACUUUAUCAAUGUGUACGUUCCCAACAUUGCCAUGGCUGUCUUGCGUGAAUUCUCGUCCUUCUUCUAUACCUACCAAUUCACUGCGCUUUGGCUCUUCUACUACUUUGCCUACUGGGAGGUCGGUGUUGCCGACACUGCUGUCAUUCUUCUGUCUGCCUUUGUCAAGGUGUUUGUGCGCCUUCGAUCUGAACGCCGCAUCAAGAAGAUGGCCGAAUUCACCGACUCAAUCAACAUCUUACGUGAUGGUACCUGGCAAGAAUUGUCAACUGCUGAUAUGGUUCCUGGUGAUAUCUUUGAAGUGGCUGACGGCAAGACUGUACCCUGUGAUGCUGUUGUCCUCACUGGUAACAUUGUCGUUGAUGAAUCCUCGUUGACUGGUGAACCUCUUCCUAUCCGUAAGUUCCCAGUUCGCUCUGACGACUCUACCACCUAUGACCGUAUGGGUUCUAGCAAGAUUUCCACCAUCUUCUGUGGUACUACCAUUUCGCAAGCCCAGCCCACCGAACAAGGUGGCCGCGUUACUGCUGUGGCUACUCAGACCGGUACUGGUACCGACAAGGGUGAACUUGUCAAGAAGAUCCUUUUCCCCUCGCCAGUGUCUUUCAUUUUCAAUGAGCAAAUCAAGAUUACUAUCCUCAUCUUGCUAUGCUGUGGUCUCGUCUGUCUUGGUUUGGCUAUCUGGCUUUAUGCUACUGGUACCAGUGCCUGGCUCUACGCCAUGUUUGCCAUCGCUCAGUUGAUUUCGCCUUUGCUCCCUGCCGCUUUGGUCAUUGGUCAGUCUGUUUCUGCUGGACGUCUCCGAAGCAAGCAGAUCUUCUGUGUUGAUUUGCCUCGUAUCUUGAUGGCCGGCAAGGUCCAAUUGUUCUGUUUUGACAAGACCGGCACCUUGACUCGUGAAGGUCUGGACUACUAUGGUGCCCAGCCUGUGGCUGACCUCGAGAAUGUUGUCGACGCCCAAAGCAACAGCAGCAAGGGUAAGACUGGCCCUCCUGCUUUCGAUAAGCGCGUCGAUACCGUGGCAGAGGUUCCACGUUUGAUGCAAAUUGGUCUUGCUACUUGCCACGCCGUGACUACCUUGAAUGGUCAGUUCAUUGGUAACCCUGUCGAUAUCGAAAUGUUCCGUUCGUCCGAAUGGAAGCUUGAAGAAUCUGGUGAUGAUGUUGUGGAUACUCUGUCGCCUCCCGCUACUGCUGAAAUCAAGACUCCUGUCGAUGUCUUGAAACGAUUCGAAUUUGUGCACGCUCGCAUGUCCAUGUCUGUCGCUGUCUUGGACCGACACACUAACAAGGUUCACAUCUUUGUCAAGGGUGCUUAUGAAAAGAUUAAGGAAUUGUCCAACAGCGAGUCCAUCCCUGCUGACUAUGACAAGACCACUUCAAAUCUUGCUCGCGAAGGCUGUUACGUUCUUGCUUUGGCUCAUCGUGAACUUGACUUGGAACAAAUCGGUGGCAUUGAAGCUUUCCGCAACUGGUCGCGUGAUCAAAUGGAAGAAGAAAUUCACUUCAUGGGUCUCAUCGUUUUCAAGAAUCAGCUCAAAGAUGACACCACCGAAAACAUUACUGAACUCAAGAAUGGCGCCACACGCACCAUCAUGAUCACUGGUGAUACUGCAUUGACUGGUGUCUUCAUUGCCCGUCAAUGUGGUAUGGCUUUGCCCAACAGCCGUAUCCUGCUUGGUGACGUGGAUAAGGUUUCGAACCGUUUGGUCUGGCAAGAUGUUGAUGAGCCCGAGACAUUCUCCGAUGUCAAUGUUGAUGACUAUCUUUUGAACAAGGAACAUACUCCAGUUGAAUUGGCCGUUACCGGCAAGGCCUUCCAAUGGCUUGUCGAUAACAACUUGAUCCGCAAGUACUUGUUAGACAUUCGUGUCUUUGCUCGUAUGACUCCUACUGGAAAGGUUCAGUGUGUCCAGCUUCACAUGGAACGUGGUAUUACGGCUAUGACUGGUGAUGGUGGUAACGACUGUGGUGCCUUGCGUGCUGCACAUGUUGGUAUUGCCAUGUCAGAUGCUGAAGCUUCUAUUGUGUCUCCUUUCAGUACUAGCAUUCGUAGUGUCCGAUCCUGCGUUGAAUUGCUUCUUCAGGGACGUGCUGCUCUUGCCACUUCGAUUACUGCCUACAAGUACCUUAUCAUGUAUGGUCAGGUCAUGAUGAUGAUGAAGAUUUUCACCUUCUACUUCUCUGUCACAAUGGCGCAGUACGUCUGGAUUGCUAUCGAUGUGUUCAUCACUGUGUUUUUGACUUGGGCUGUGACUCAGUCGCGAGCUGCAGACAAUUUGAACGAAGAACGGCCUACUGCUCGUCUUCUUGGUCCACAGACCAUGGCCUCGUGCUUGGGUCUGGUAUCUAUCAAUUGGAUCUUCAUGAGCUGCAUUUUCAAAUUCUUGUACAGCCAAGAUUGGUUCCGUUGCAAUGAAUUCGACAGCAACGCUGCUGAUCUUUCCAAGUGGUGGCUUUUGGCCGAUAACUAUGAAGCUGAGCAUCUCGCACUUGUUUCAUUGUUCAUGUUCAUCAACAAUGCCGCCGUAUUCAGUUUCGGUCACAAAUUCCGUCAACCAAUCUACAAGAACUACCCCUUGCUUUUCUUGUGGGCUUUGUACAUGGCUAUUCUUUCAUACUGGAUGCUGGGCGACCCUAACCGAUUUGGCUGUCUCUUCCGUAUCAACUGUGGUACUAAGGAAGUUUUGGCUCAAUUCAACUGGCCGGUACCACCCACCAAUGUCGAACAGUUCAAUACCCCAUUAGGCCACAACGUCAUGCCUUGGGAAUACCGUUGGAAGCUGUGGGGUAUCUGCGUCGCCAACGUCGCUUGUUGUCUCAUUUACGAGCGAUUCUUCGUUUUGGGCCCUGUACGCAAAUUCUUGUCCAAGAAGUACCCUGUCCAGCGCUUGAAGAUUACUCAAUAAGAAGGAAAAAGAAAUAACCGCUGCUUUUCAUAAUUUACAACAUUUCUUUUCUUUAAUAUGUAUAUAUACAGCAGCACGCUCAAUUCCCCUUUUAUUUCACACACAAAAUUUUAUUACCUUAUAUUCCUUGAAACCCCAAAGUUAACUAUGUUGAUUCAUACUCUUCCGCUUUACUCGAGUUAGCUACUUUCUUUCCUUCUACCUUUUCCCAACCUUUAUUAUUACCUGUAUGUAGAUAUAAAUAUGUAAAAGAUAUUCUUGUCUGUUUUAAUAACAUCCGAAA